AGGUCACCCUCAAAACAGCGUUCCGGAAGUAAUUCAAUAUUUUUGGAAGGAAACUUCCUCAAACGGCUGUUUAAUAAACGGCAAGCUUUUGUACCAACAAAGUGAAAGUGGUCGCAGCGUUCAUUUGGAAGGCAGGGGACUGUCGAGUCGACCAUCAAGCCGUACCACGCUCAGUCAACCCCUUCGAUCCCGUUUAUGCGCACACCAUGAAUUCCAACAGCGUCUGCUCCUUCUAUCUGCUUUUCCUUGCCGCGAACGCGAACGGCUACAACACAUCAACAGAUUUUGUACUCGUGGCCGACCGGGUAAAUGCAGCCAUCUUUAUCGGGGACCUCGGAGACUUUGACCUUUCACCUCUUCCCCUUGGCAAUCUCUCAGCCCCGAUCGCCGUUGACUACGAUCCCGUCGACGGCAUGGUCUACUGGACGGAUUUCGUGGACACCACGAUCCUCCGUGCACAUCUGGACGGUAGCAGGAGAGAGAUACUGAUAUGGUCAGGUUUAGUCGAACCCAAUGGUUUGGCUCUGGACUACCAUACCAGGUUGAUGUUCUGGACAGACGGUCGCCGUGGCAACAAAAUAGAGCGAGCGUCGAUGGACGGAGGCGACAGGCGAGUUAUUGUGAGUCAGCACCUCAAGAAGCCAAGAGCAAUAGCCGUUGAUCAGAAAGAAAGACAUAUCUACUGGUCAAGUUGGGGGAACCGGGCCAAAAUCGAAAGAGCGGACUACAAUGGCAACCAUCGUAUGGUCCUUGUCGACGCGUCCAUCAUCUGGCCAAACGGGAUUGCUCUGGACCUCACAGGGGGCUUGCUGUACUGGGGCGACGCCCAGCGCAACACCUUGGAGAGGAGUGAUCUUAGCGGGAACAACCGCCGAACGCUCUUCAACUUUACGGGCAUCUAUCCCUUCGACUUGGCCGUCCACGGCGACACCCUCUACUGGACUGAUUGGAACUCGGACUUUGUGCUGAAACUGAACAUGACGCAGAUGGAGGUCUACGCGGCGGGCUCGCACAUCUUCAGUAGGGCAACUGGUAUUCAUGUGCACUGUACGCAAGGCAGCCCCAUCAACGCAGGCACCGACCACAUCAACACUAACGACCCAACCCCGCUUGCCUUCAGUGAAUCUACGGCAUCCCUCCCGACGACAAUCGCUCCUGUUGUGGAGAAUGGAAUUGACGCAUGGGAUGGCAUAUCGCAUCGGUCAGCGGGGGCCGUGCAUUUGGCAAACAUUUUCCCAAUGGUCGUUAUCCAAGUUCUGCUGGUCAGCAUCUGACGAGGUACACUAUCAUGAUUAUAAAUGCGUUCAGACGUGCAAGCUUAUUGAUGGAGAAAACUGGUUGUAUUUUGUAGAUAUCGAGAUGCUGCAAAAGGUCAGACUUUUAUACUUCAGGCAUUGCGUUUUCCUUGAGGGCUCCAAAUUGAGCUAGGCUGAUUUAAAAAAAGGUUUUUCCUCAGGACUUGCUGGUAUGGCUUAAUGCCCGAUGGUGCGAUGACCACCGUACCGAGAAAUAGAAAGUAGGUUUGCGGUAGCACCAUGCAUGGACGUAUCUCUUUUGUGAGUAUUUGCGGUUCUGAAAAGAACCAGU